GUCCAAGAACAAGAAGGCGUGCUUUGCGCUUCCAAAAAACAGAGAGAGAAAGGGAAGGAGGGAGAGAAGUUCAAGAUCCCACAAACAAAGCAAACCAGCCGGCAAGGAGUGAACAGAGGUUGUAUUUUGUGGGCGUGUUACAGAGGUGUUCUGGUUUUGGUGAAAAGGGCAAAGGAGGACAAGGAGGAGUUUUCCGGGGAUCUGCUUUGCUUUUGUCUGAUUUUGUCCGCGUUGAUAAAUCUUCACCAAAGGAGAAGGGUGUUUCGCUUUGCCCCGCAGCCUCCUCAUCGAAUUGUCUUCUUCUUGUUCCUGUUCCUUCUCCCCGACGAGGACGGAUUCGGGUUUAUAAAGGAGCAGAAGACACAGAGUCUCUCUCAGCCAACAGCAGCAGCAGAAGAAGAAACUCCCAGAAAGAAAACAGAGUUUAAUUGGCUCUGUUUUUUGAAGUCUAAGAGAUCAGAAAUCCGGUAGAGAAAAAAACAUGGAGUGGAGUGCUUGUCUAGAUGAGUACGAGAAGCUUGUUAUUAGGAUGACUACUCCGAGGGUAGUCAUCGACAAUGCCGUUUGCCCAACUUCCACCGUCGUCAAGGUUGACAGUGCUAGGAAACAUGGCAUUUUACUCGAGGCAGUUCAGGUCCUCACGGAUCUCAACCUCUCCAUUAAGAAAGCUUACAUCUCCUCUGAUGGAAGAUGGUUCAUGGACGUGUUCCAUGUAACCGAUCUUAAUGGAAACAAGCUAACCGACGAGAGCGUAAUUAACUACAUCGAGCAGUUGCUUGCGUUACAGUCUCUGGGCUCUUUUCACUACGGCCAAACCAACGAUUUCAGCGGCUCAACCGCUCUGGAACUGACCGGAACCGACCGGGUCGGGCUGCUCUCUGAGGUCUUCGCCGUGUUAUCCGACCUUCAAUGCAGCGUCGCCGACGCCAAAGUCUGGACUCACAAUGGCAGGAUUGCUUCCCUAAUCCACGUCACGGACUCCAACUCCGGCGCCCCGAUCGAGAACGUUCAACUGAUCUCUCUAAUUGAGGCCCGAUUGAGGAACGUGUUGAAGGGGGACAACGACAUCAGGAGCGCCAAGACCUCUGUUUCGAUGGCAGUCACACACACCGAGAGGCGGCUUCACCAGAUGAUGUUUGCUGAUCGCGACUACGAGAGGAAGCCCAUUUUGGAGAGCGUUCCAACACAUUCUCCCGUGGCGGUCACUGUCCAAAACUGGCUCGAGAGAGGUUACUCGGUGGUGAACGUUCAAGCCAAGGAUCGUACUAAGCUGUUGUUCGAUGUGGUCUGCACUUUGACCGACAUGGGGUACAUUGUGUUCCAUGCCACUGUCAACACCAUUGGAGACAGGGGAUACAUGGAAUUUUACAUUAGGCACCAAGACGGGACUCCAAUCAGCUCGGAGGCCGAGAGGCAGCGAGUGAUUCAAUGCCUAGAAGCUGCGGUCGAGAGAAGGGCGUCGGAGGGAGUGAGGCUCGAGCUGUCCACGCCAGACAGGCAGGGCCUUCUGGCGGACGUGACAAGGACAUUUCGAGAGAACGGAUUGAACGUGACGAGAGCUGAGGUGUCGACGAUGAAGGAGACGGCUCAGAACGUGUUCUAUGUUACGGAUGUGAUGGGGAAAUCGGCGGAUGGGAAGAUUAUCGAGUCGGUGAGGGAGAAGAUAGGGUUGAGUUGCUUGCGGGUGAAGGAACUGCCGCCCCUGGUGUACCACAAGGAAGGCAGGGAGAGGGACGAGCAGGCGGUUGGUGGUGUGGCUGGGACUGUGCUGCUGUCGUUGGGUAGCAUGGUGAGGAAGAAUCUAUACAAUUUGGGGUUGAUUCGAUCUUACUCAUGAAGGAAGCUAGUUGCAAUUUGGGUUGGGAAUUGGGAUAUUCUUUGCUUGAGGUUUGUGAUUUGUGGGUUUGUGUACAUAAUGAAAAAAGGGUUUGGAGGCCAAGUAAGUGGGGAAUUUGGUGAUAGUAAGUAGCUGUAGUGGUUGGGGUUUGGUUGGUUAAAUAGAUAGGAGAUAGAGAGAAAGGAAGAGGGAGAAGGGGAAGAUCCAUCUUAUUAAGGAGUAAUGUAUUCUAAUGAUUCUUUCAGCCAAAGAGGGAAAAGAAGGGGUUAGUUUGAAGGUGAAGAUUUGAUAGAAGAUUGGGGGGAAAAGGUGAUUAUGGGUGUCUUGUGAAGAUGAAGAAUUAGUAUUAUGGGGGAAAAGAAAGGAUUUUAGGGUUAGAUUUGGAGAGAUGUGGAUGCUGCUUCUUUAGGUAAUUAGGUCACAUAUAUUAUAUGAAUGAAUAGAGGGAAAAUAGAGAAUCACACAUUUGUACAUAACGAACUUAUGAUAAUACUAAUGUUAAGAGUUUAAUGAAAGUUGAUAA